GAACAGAUGAGGUGGCCCUAACAGCCUUAGAGCCCACGGUCCAACAGGUUGAAGACUCGGGUUUCUGGGGGAGAGGUGGUGGGGUGGAAAGAAGUGAGAGCCUGCUAGAGUGCAGGGAAGCUCGAGCAGGCAAUUGGGAGAUGAGGGGGGAGUGAGGGACCAGAAUAAUUCCUUCAGGAAAAAAGCAGAUGAGGCCGUACCCAGAUAGGGGGAGGAAACACGUGAAUUCUGGUGGGAGGAUAGGGAGACCUUGAAGAGAUCUCUCUUGUGCUCUGGGACUCUGGAGAGUGGAGGGGAGGUGACAGGAAUGUCAGCUGAGGGCACAGUAAAGAGAAACUGAGGAAAGUUGCUGGAAGGGUUUGGAUGAGAUGUCAGAAAGCUGGCUUUUCUGCCAAGAGGUGUAGGCUCCCUGGAUUCCCCGGGUACCUGGGAAGAUGUCUUGCCCUUCAUGUGGCCAUAUUCAUCUGGGGCCAGGCCUUGGGCCAGUGCUUUAAUAGGGAAGGACCCAGGAGUCAUGGCUUGGUGGUGUCUGGAUGGGCUUCCGGAAGGCCUUGCUGAGCCAUGGAGAGAACUCUGGAGAUUGGGCUCACAGCCCCUGCACUGCACACCUCCGUUCUCACCUACAACAAGGAACAGCAGAGACUAUAGAAACUUAAGGAGGAGGGUAAAGGCUCUGCCUGGAAUUCUGAAAGGAAGCAUAGAUGGCUGUACACAGAAUCUAGAGACUUCAUAUAAUGUGGAGAUGUUUCGACCUCCAGGUUCCACUGGGCUGAUUCCCCCUUCCCAUUUCCAAGCUCGUCCCCUUCCAACUGUACCAAGAAUGGCUCCCACCUGGGUUUCAGACAUUCCCCUGGUCCAACCCCCAACCCAUCAUGAUAUCUCAGAGAGGCGGCCAGACAACAAGAGACCUCCAGUGAUGUUGUGGGAACAGGAUGUUUCUGGCAAUGGGAAGGAGCCAGGGCGGAGAGGCAGGUCUGUGGAGCUAGCGGGGUCACAUGCUCUGAGCCAGCAGGCUGAGCUGAUCUCUCGGCAGCUGCAAGAGUUGCGGCGGCUCGAGGAGGAGGUCCGAGUCCUACGGGAGACCUCACUGCAGCAGAAGAUGAGACUGGAGGCCCAGGCCAUGGAGCUGGAGGCUCUGGCACGGGCGGAGAAGGCCGGCCGAGCUGAGGCUGAGGGCCUGCGUGCUGCCUUGGCCGGGGCUGAGGUUGUCCGAAAGAACCUGGAAGAAGGGAGCCAGCGGGAACUGGAGGAGGUUAAGAGGCUGCACCAGGAACAGCUCUCCUCCCUGACACAGGCUCACCAGGAGGCUCUUUCCAGUUUGACCAACAAAGCUGAGGGCUUGGAGAAAUCUCUGAGUAGUCUGGAAACCAGGAGGGCAGGGGAAGCCAAGGAGCUGGCUGUGGCCCAGAGGGAGGCUGAGGUGCUGCAGAAGCAGCUGAGCAAGGCCCAAGAAGACUUAGAGGCACAGGUGACUUUGGUUGAGAAUUUAAGGAGAUAUGUGGGGGAGCAAGUCCCUCCGGAGGUCCACAGGCAGACCUGGGAAUCGGAGCGCCAGGAGCUUCUGGAAACCGUUCAAGUCAGAGAGUAUAGGGUGCAUCUGGGUAGGGGCUGGAGGUUGGGGGGUGGUGCUCAGGGACCAGAUCCCGGGAGAGGGGUGGCCAGGAUAGAAGGCAGUGCUGACAAGGAGCAGCAUCUGGAUGCCGCUUGUGGGCCUGCAUGGACGUCCCACAGAGGUCACUGCUCUCCCUUCCUGUCUGGUCCGCAGCACUUGCAGGAGGACCGGGAUGGCCUGCACACCACAGCGGAGCUGCUGCAGGUGCGCGUGCAGAGCCUCAUGCACAUCCUGACCAUCCAGGAGGAGGAGCUGAGCAGGAAGGUUCAGCCUUCGGAUUCGCUGGAGCCUGAGUUCACCAGGAAGUGCCAGUCCCUGCUGAAGCGCUGGCGGGAGAAGGUGUUUGCCCUCAUGGUGCAGCUAAAGGCCCAGGAGCUGGAGCACAGAGGAUGCGUGGAGCAGCUGAAGAGACAGGUGGCAGAGCUCCAGGACCAAGCUGUGGCCCAGAGCCAGGAACAGGCCAUCCUGCAGCGCUCCCUACAGGACAAAGCUGCCGAGGUGGAGGUGGAACGGAUGGGCGCCAAGGCCCUGCAGCUCGAGCUGAGCCGCGCUCAGGAGGCCCAACGCCGGAGGCAGCAGCACGCAGCCACAGCCGAGGAGCAGCUGAAGCUGGUGGCCAACUCUGUCAGCAGCUUUCAGACCUGGCUCCAGAGCACCAUGGCUGAGGUGGAACGAGCCACCACCCAGCUUCCCUGCCUCAGCAGCCGAGUCAGCUACGCAGUCCGCAGGGUCCACACCAUUCAGGGCCUGAUGGCUCGAAAACUGGCCCUUGCUCAGCUGCACCAGGAGAGCUGUCCCCCACUCCUGCCAGUCACAGAUGUGAGCCUUGAGUUGGAGCAGCUGCGGGAGGAACGGAACCGCCUGGAUGCGGAAUUGCAGCUGAGCGCCCACAUCAUCCAGAAGGAGGUGGGCCGGGCCCGGGAGCAAGGGGAGGCUGAACGGCAGCAAUUGAGUGAGGUGGCCCAGCAGCUGGAGCAGGAGCUGCAGCGGACCCAGGAGUCCCUGGCUAGUCUGGGGCUGCAGCUGGAAGCAGCCCGCCAGGGCCAGAAGGAGAGUACGGAGGAGGCUGCCAGUCUCCGGCAGGAGCUGACCCAGCAGCAGGAGAUCUAUGGGCAAGCUCUGCAAGAGAAGGUGGCUGAAGUGGAAACUAGGCUGCGGGAACAGCUCUUAGAAACAGAGAGGAGAUUGAACGAGGCUCGGAGGGAGCAUGGCAAGGCAGUGGUCUCCCUGCGCCAGAUGCAGCGCAAAGCCACCCGGGAGAAGGAGCGGAACCAGGAGCUCAGGCGCCUGCAAGAUGAGGCCCGGAAGGAGGAGGGGCUGCGGCUGACCCAGCGCCUGCAGGAGCUAGAGAGGGACAAGAACUUUAUGCUGGCCACCUUGCAGCAGGAGGGUCUCCUCUCCCGUUACAAGCAGCAGCGACUGUUGGCAGUUUUUCCUUCCCUGCUGGAUAAGGGGAAGUCUGCAGAGUCCAGCCCCUGGGCCCCAGGGUCUUCACUGCCUGUACCUCCAGGAGCAGCACCCAUCUCCAAGGAGUCCAUAAGAGGAUCCCUCUCUGUCCUGCUCGAUGAUCUGCAGGGACUGAGUGAGGCCAUUUCCAAAGAGGAAGCUAUCUCUGAAGGAGACAACCAGAACUGUCCUGCUCCAGUCUGCCUCUGAACAGUUCCCUCUGAACAGCUCCGGGCACUCUGUGCAGCAGGGGGCUCAAGGUGGGCGGGGCGGCCCCCAGAGAAGUGGAGUGGGGGUGGGGAGGUCAGCCAGCUGCCCUUGUGGACACCGUGGACACCGGCCACCAAGAUGCCUGUGAAUCUUGUGGCUUAAUAAAGACAACUGCAGCA